CAAAAUGGAUGAAAUUCCCAUUUUCUCAUUCUCCCUUCUUUACUACCUCGCGGUGUGAAACUUAACUGCGAGCAAAAUCUCUGCACUUUCUCAUUCUCCCCUUCUCUCCCAGAUCCCCCCUCUCUCUCGUACAGUUUCAUCUCACGGACCUGAAUUCCAGUUCUAAGAAGAUCUCCUCGACGGAUUGCACGCCGCGCUUCUGUGGUUCCGAUCAGCAUUGAUCUUCUCUUGGAUCUACAGGGCUGGUCGUUUUUUAUUUUGAAUCUCCGAUUCAUUUCUUCAACCAAUCGGCUUCCGUUUCACAUAAGCGAACAUGCCUCUGAAGUUGGAGAUCAAGAGAAAAGUUGCUCAAAGAUCAGAAAGAGUAAAGUCUGUGGACCUGCAUCCAACAGAGCCAUGGAUAUUGGCAAGUUUGUAUUCUGGGACUAUUUGCAUCUGGAAUUACCAAACACAGACUAUGGCUAAAUCUUUUGAAGCGACUGAACUACCAGUCAGGUCAGCAAAGUUCAUUGCACGCAAACAGUGGGUUGUUGCUGGUGCAGAUGACAUGUUCAUUCGGGUUUACAAUUACAACACUAUGGAUAAGGUUAAAGUAUUUGAAGCCCACACAGACUACAUCAGGUGUGUUGCUGUCCAUCCUACUCUCCCUUAUGUGUUGUCAUCAUCUGAUGACAUGCUUAUAAAACUCUGGGAUUGGGAGAAAGGAUGGGCAUGCACUCAAAUUUUUGAGGGCCAUUCCCAUUAUGUGAUGCAAGUAACGUUUAAUCCCAAAGAUACCAACACUUUUGCUAGUGCAUCUCUUGAUCGAACCAUCAAGAUUUGGAAUCUUGGCUCCCCUGAUCCAAACUUCACAUUGGAUGCACAUCUGAAAGGUGUAAAUUGUGUAGAUUAUUUCACCGGUGGUGACAAACCUUACUUGAUCACUGGCUCCGAUGAUCACACUGCAAAGGUUUGGGACUACCAGACGAAGAGUUGUGUGCAAACUCUAGAAGGACACACACAUAAUGUCUCUGCUGUAUGUUUUCACCCCGAGCUUCCUAUUAUAAUAACGGCAUCGGAAGAUGGUACAGUUCGCUUAUGGCAUUCAACAACGUACAGACUUGAAAACACUUUGAAUUAUGGGCUUGAGAGGGUAUGGGCUGUUGGUUACAUGAAAGGUUCAAGAAGGAUUGUAAUUGGUUAUGACGAGGGUACUAUUAUGGUCAAAAUAGGCCGAGAAGUACCAGUUGCCAGUAUGGAUAACAGCGGGAAAAUCAUAUGGGCAAAGCACAAUGAGAUUCAAACUGUCAACAUCAAGAGUGUGGCAUCAGAUUAUGAGGUUACUGAUGGAGAAAGGUUGCCAGUGACUGUCAAAGAAUUGGGAACUUGUGACCUAUACCCACAGAACUUAAAACAUAAUCCCAAUGGAAGGUUUGUUGUUGUCUGCGGAGAUGGUGAAUACAUUAUAUAUACAGCUCUGGCCUGGAGAAACAGGUCGUUUGGAUCUGCACUUGAUUUUGUUUGGUCAUCUGAUGGGGAAUAUGCUGUGAGGGAAAGUUCUUCAAAAAUCAAGAUCUUCAGUAAAAGUUUCCAGGAGAAGAAGAGCAUCCGUCCCACGUUUUCUGCUGAGCGCAUAUAUGGGGGCAUUUUAUUGGCAAUGUGCUCAAAUGAUUUUAUUUGCUUCUACGAUUGGACUGACUGCAGGUUAAUACGUCGGAUUGAUGUAAAUGUCAAGAACCUUUAUUGGGCUGACAGUGGCGAUUUACUGACAAUUGCAAGUGACACAACAUUCUACAUUCUUAAGUAUAAUCGUGACGUUGUGUCUGCCUAUUUAGAAAGUGGAAGGCCAGUUGACGAACAAGGUGUAGAAGAAGCUUUUGAAGUUCUUUAUGAGAUCAGUGAACGGGUUCGAACUGGAUUAUGGGUUGGGGAUUGUUUUAUUUACAAUAAUUCUGCCUCGAGGCUCAAUUAUUGUGUUGGUGGUGAGGUGACUACGAUGUUUCAUUUGGACCGCCCCAUGUACCUGCUGGGGUAUCUCGCAAACCAAAGCAGAGUGUAUCUAAUUGACAAAGAGUUCAAUGUUGUUGCCUACACUUUAUUGCUGAGCUUGAUUGAGUACAAAACCCUUGUGAUGCGCGGUGAUCUUGAACGAGCUAAUGAAGUCUUACCUUCAAUUCCUAAGGACCAUCAUAAUAGUGUGGCCCGUUUCUUGGAGUCACGAGGGAUGGUUGAGGAAGCAUUGGACGUUGCAACAGACCCUGACUACAGAUUCGAACUGGCCAUACACCUUGGAAGACUAGAGAUUGCUAAGGAAAUUGCUGUAGUUGCCCAGAGUGAAUCCAAAUGGAAACAAUUGGGGGAACUUGCUAUGUCUACAGGAAUGUUGGGUAUGGCAGAGGAUUGUCUGAAACAUGCUAAUGACUUGAGUGGCCUGUUGCUGCUGUAUUCUUCUUUAGGAGAUGCUGAUGGAAUAACAGAAUUGGCUUCUCUUGCUAAAGAGCAAGGGAAAAAUAAUGUUUCAUUUCUUUGCUUGUUUCUACUCGGUAAAGUCGAUGAGUGUAUUCAGCUAUUAGUUGACAGCGGUCGUAUACCUGAAGCAGCAUUUAUGGCACGCUCAUACUUACCAAGUAAAGUCUCUGAAGUAGUUUCUAUUUGGAGAAAAGACCUCAACAAGGUCAACCAGAAAGCUGCUGAUGCUUUAGCCGAUCCUGAAAAAUAUCCAAACCUCUUUGAGGAUUGGCAAGUUGCACUUGCGGUUGAAUCUAGCAUUGCAGAGACCAGAGGCAACUAUCCACCAGCAGCAGAAUAUUUAAAUUAUGCCGAUAGAUCUAGAGUCAACCUUGUGGAUGCUUUCAGGAAUAUGAGGAUUGAGGAAGGGGAACACCUUGAAAAUGGAGAAUUGGACCAUGAGGUUGCAGAGCAGAAUGAAGAAGACGAGGUUCAGCUGGAGGAGGUGGUGGAUCAAGAUGAAGACGAUAUACAACCAGUGGUGCAGGGAGAGCCGGUGGUAGUCUCCGGGGAUGCUGAAUCGACAGAUGGAGUACUGGUUAAUGGAAACGAUGAGGAUGCUGAUGAAGAGUGGGGUAUGAAUAAUGAAGGAAAACAGUCAGCUUAAAAGACAAUUGGUUGGGCUGCUGUCAAAAUCCUAGUUUCUUUGCUGUGCUUACACAUCACUGAUUUCCAAUCAAAGCAAUCGGUUCUUGGGUGUAUGCAACUCAUUCUUAAGUGCUUUCUUAUUCUGGACCGAAAAAGGCUUUAUAUUUAUGUUUUGGCAAGAAUCUUUUGACCUUGGCCUCGAGUGACCUUAAAUGACAUUGGCAUUUUGGGGCUUCUGCAGUCCUCCGUUGGUAAAAUUGAUGGUUCUUACCCCCCCCCCCAAGAUCACCGACUUGGCCGGGUCAAAUCAAUGAAGUGGGGUGCGCGGG